GAAGUACCAAAAAGUUUACAGAUUGUUACACACAAUCCCUUUUUACAUCAUUUUUUAUUAUGAUCUCUUUUCUGGCAGCGAUACAGCAUCCAGCAUUCCAUUUUGUGGCAGUUUAUUCUGACCCACAGUAAUACGUUUACGUGUGUCGUCACUGUGAUUUUUUUUAUACAAUUAAUAACAUUUUUUUACGAGAUCUUACGAAUUUCCUUUAUUACAAAUAUGUAGUAUAUUAUUAUAUAACAAUUAUUCACGUGGACUAACUACAGAUUUCAUUUGCAUUCAUAAAGAAACUAUGAUUAUCAGAAGUAUAUUUUUUGCGGCGUUUGUAUUAUAUUUUUCUAUUUCUUCGGCAAUUAAAAUAUGUGAUCGGAAGCCAACCUCAAUAUCAACACCAAAAAGUACAAAUCCACAUCCAUUUAGAAUUGUUUUUAAAGGAAAUAUAGAAUAUUAUACACCUGGAACUACAUACACAGUUUUAUUGCAAGGUAUUAGGACUACUGCAACACCAAGUUUUACUAGUUUUAUUUUGAUGGUCGAGUCUGAAGAGAGCCAGAAUUAUGACGACGAAAACAACGACUUUAUAUCUGGAAAAUUUCAACUUACUGGGGAUGUAAGAACAAAAAUUAGCGAAGUCUGUCCAAAUACAGUUACUCAGACCUCUUUAAUUCCAAAAUCAGAAGUACAAGUAUUUUGGACAGCUCCGUCAUCUGGUAGCGGAUGUGUUGUAUUUAGAGCUACAAUUGUUGAAUAUCGUGAUAUUUGGUAUAUGGACGAUGAUCAAUUAAACAAAAGAAUUUGCGAAGAAAGUAAUGAAAGCAAUGACGAUAACGCUAAUGUAGUGUACGAGUGUUGUGCGUGUCACGAAGCUAAGUUCGAGUUAACUUUUGAAGGACUGUGGUCAAGACAUACUCACCCAAAAGAUUACCCGGAUGACAAUUGGCAGACUCGAUUUAGUGAUGUUAUUGGCGCUUCACAUACAAUUGAUUAUCGAUUUUGGGAACAAGAUCAAGUAGCUUCCGAUGGAAUGAAUAGCAUAGCACAAAGUGGAACUACUUCGACUUUGGAAUCUGAACUUAAAUCUAAAAGCGAUAAAAUUCGUACUAUAAUUAAAGCCAGAGGUAUUAGCUAUCCAAAUGUGACUGGAAAGACAUUUGCUGUAUUUCGAGUGGAUCAAGAUCAUCAUUUGAUUUCAGUUGUGUCAUUCAUGUAUCCAUCGCCGGACUGGUUUGUUGGAAUUUCAGGUUUGGAACUGUGUUUGCCAAACUGUAAUUGGAUUACGAAUAAAACUAUCAACUUGUACCCAUGGGACGCUGGAAUUGAUAGCGGAGUCACAUACAAUUCAUCUGAUAUGCCUCAAGUACCAAUAAUGAAUAUAGAGAGAGUUUGGCCAUCGAAUACCAAUGAUAUGCGUUCUCCAUUUUAUGAUCAAUCGGGUGCACAAAUGAAGCCUAUUGCAAAACUUCAUCUUAUGAGACAACGUCUUUAUGAAAAAAGUUGUUCGGAAGAAGAGUCCAAAACCGAAUCAGCAGUUUGUGAUACUGGUCCGUGGUCAGACUGGGAUGAGUGUUCAGUGACUUGCGGUAAAGGCUACAGUAAUAGAUAUAGGCAAUAUAAGAAUCCAGAAGACGCACAUAAACCCCACUGUAGCAAACGGUCGAUGACACAACGUAAAGGAUGUUAUGUGCUUCCUUCGUGUGCGAUUGAGACUGAGGAGACUGAUACGAUUGAUCCAAAAUGUGAUGUAACUGCUUUUGGUCAGUGGUCGGAUUGCUCAGCAGAGUGUGGACCUGGCGUAAUGGCAAGAUUUCGGACAAUUUUAAACGAAGAAGUUACACCAAAAUAUUGUUUAGGUAGAAUGUUCUUACAACAAACUAUUCCAUGUGAAUCAAAACCUUGCCAAGACGAACGUGAUAACGUGGACUUGGGUAUAAUAUGCAGUAAUUGUUCGCUAACUAAAUGGUCGUUGUGGUCACCUUGCAAUAUGAAAUGUGGAACGGGUCAGAGGGAUAGACAUAGGAUGAAUUUUGACAAAACUGCAGCGUCAGAAAAUUGUGACCCUCGUUGUUAUACACAGACAAUAAAUUGUACAGAUAAUCCUCCAUGUGAAAACAAUAUGCGAAUGGAAACAACCAUAUCACCAAGUUCUGAAAAUACACCAGUAACAUCUGUUACUUUAAAUCCAGACGAUAUUUCAGACGAUUCGACGGAAAAAUGUUUACUGUCAAAUUGGAGUAAAUUUUCAAGUUGUAAUGCUAUUUGUGGUCCUGGUUUCAAAGAGCGUACGCGAACCAUACUAUCUCCAACGGAUCCACUGGAACAAAAGAAAUGUAGGAAAAAACUAGUUGAUCGUCGAAACUGUCGAGGAAGACAAUGUAGCAGAUGUAAUUAUUCGCCAUGGUCGGAGUGGUCAUUAUGCUCAGCACUAUGUGGUAUGAAUGCAGUACAACAACGUACAAGAGUUCCAGAAAAUGUUGCAUGGACUUGGUGUAAAGAAAGAUUAGAACAGCGUAUUUGUUCAGCUUUAGCAUGUAAAACUGAUUAGAAACCAAUUUUAUUUAGAAAUGUUUAAUUAAAAAAUUCAGUAUUACCAAUUAAGGCAUUAUUAAUGUUCUUUAAAUAUAGAAUAUGUUUUUCUCAAACUAGUAGUACUUAUACUAUAUUAUAGUGUUUCAGGACAUUAAUACCAACAUCACUCAAAAGGAAUCCCUCUAAUAUAACAAUAUUACAUAAAAUUAUUUGGAUAUAUUUUACAAUCUUUAAAAACAUUUUACUAUAUCAAAUAUUAUAAAACCUUCUAAAAUUAAUUUCUUACGUUGGUUUUUUUUAUAGAUAAUAUUAUAAUUAGUCAACGGUUACCGAAAUAUUUUUAAUGUCACAAAAAAAUCCGUUUCUAAAAAGUAAAAUGUACGUUCACAUAGGUACAGAAGAUACAAAUAAUACUAGUUAAAAAAAAAUGUUCGUUUUGAAUAUUAACCAUAUUUAAAUAUUGUAUUAGUUCUGAUAAACGUUGAACAUAAUAUAUUUCAAUUAAGAUAAUAUCAUGUAUUAAAAAUUAUAUUUAAAUAAAGUUUUUAAUCUAUA